GAAAGCGCAGUCUGUUUACUUCCGGACAAAUUCGGAGCUGUCGUUUUGUCUUGUGCAAUUCGGAGCUGUCGUUUUAUAUCGAAUGAGCAGUUACAAGUUGUACCUGCGUGUACAUAAUUCUGGUGAUGCACUAGUAGAGAGUAAACUCGACAUUGCCGUUAGUUGCAUCUUCUUUGCAGUUUCUUGUGGAAUUUGUGGGCUUGUCUUCUGAAGUUGUGAACAACACCUGCAGUCUGCAACUAUGCGCUACUGGGGAGAGAUCCCUGCCGUGACGGCAUCCCCAGGCCGAAGCUCCUUCGACCUGCUGCAGCGAGAGUUUCGGCAGGUUGAGAUGCAGGACCCACCUUUACAUCAGCCGUCAGCACCCCGUCCUCGGCCCACCACCAUGCUCGAUAUUCCCUCGGAACCCUGCGGGCACACCAUCCACACGGUGCAACUCUGCCAGCACGCCCGCCGCCUGCGAAGUCUUCUAGCCACCGCUCAGCAAGGCCAACAACAACCACCACUGGCAGCGACGACUACCGCUGAUGGACAGAGCGCUUUGAAGACAGAGGAGGGUGAGCCGCUGCCCCCAAGGCCCCCCACGCCAACCAUGCCAGAUGACUUGUUACCCCCAGAAAACAAGACCCCCAGGCUGCCUUUCCAACUUCGACACAGCAACCCAGAGAGUGACUUCUACAAAGGUAAAGGCGAGCCGGUGACGGAGCUCAGUUGGCCCUCGUGCCGCCAGCUCCUCUACCAAUCAGUGGCCACCGUGCUGGCCCACGCCGGGUUCGAGAGCGCCCAGGAGAGCGUGCUGGAGACGCUGACGGACCUGGUGCACGAGCACUACCUGCGGCUCAGCUGGCUGUUCCGCACGGCGGUGGACCGCGAGGCGCAGCAGGGCGCCACCCCCUUCCCCGACGUGGUGGAGCAGGUGUUCCAUGAGGUGGGCAUCGGCAGCGUCAUGGCUCUGCAGCGCUUCUGGCAGAGCCGCAUCAAGGACUACCACACUUACAUGCUGCAGGUCACCAGAGACUUGUCUGAGGAGUACGAGAGGGUGGUGAACCCUGAGAAGGCGCUGGAGGACUCGAAGCCGACGCGGGUGAAGGACGAGCCCCUGAGCGACAUCGCGUUCCCCGUCAGCGAGGAGCCCGAGGCCGACCUGGCGUCAGGUGACCAGGCUCUGCCAAUCGGAGUGCUGGGCACCUCCGGUGAGAGGAUGGCGGCGGCGCUCGACGCGGACAACUCGCCUCAUGUCGCGGGUGCUGUAGCCAGUGCGUCUCCGCUGUGGCACCUGUCACAGGUGAAGAUGGAGCCUCAGGACGCGGAGGAGGGCCAGGUGCCGGGGGCCCCUCUGGGGGGUGACGUGUUCGAGGAGGGAGGGGGCCCCAUGUCCACCAUGAGCGAGGCCGGCGUUAUAGCGCCCUCUCCUGGCGGCGCCUCAGACGGCAGCUAUGGAUCCCACUCUGCAGACUCACUGAUGGGCAGUUCGCCCGUCUUCAACCAGCGAGCAAAGAAACGCAUGAAGAAGAUGUGAAAAGAAAUAUUAUUAUUCAUGAGCCUAAUCGUGGAUUGAGGACACUUCUUUUUUGUAUUUUUGGUCAGUUUUGUAUUAUAUUGUUAAAUACUUUAUUUUGUCAUGUAGUAUCAAUAUAAUAAAGUAUAUUCAAUCUC